CAGGCAGCCGCCAGACCAACACAUCCAACAGCACUUUACCGCCUGAAGCGGCGGUGUCGGCUGCUGGAGCCAAAGAAAUGGAGAAACCUUUGAAUGUCAGCGUUGGCAAUGUCAGCCAUGCAGACACAAGCAUCAACGCUUCGUUGAAAUCAGCAAAUGGUUGGGUCGGCUGCUGGUACUAUGGUUGCCGCAGGAGUUACCAUCCAGAGUUCCGUUGCCAGUGCAACCCAGGAUGCAGACGGUACGGGAAUUGUUGUGGAGACUUUGGCACCAGAUGUUGGUGGCUGGGCCCAUCCCCUCCAGCAGAUGACCGGCGGCGCCGCCGACGGCGAACCAAGCCACCGCCUCCACCGCCAAACCCGCAGUGGGCACCUUCGCCGCCACAGAACGGGAUUGCUACAGUUUACCAUCAAACCAGUCCGCAAGCGUGCAAGGCCAUCCUGGCAUCUAGCUUCCGACCCGGAUCGGAUGGCCACUGUGGUGGGGCCAUUUACUUUGCCAUGUCUCCGGAGGCCACAAAAACGAAGGCGAUUGGCACACAGUCCCAGAGCGGCUGUGUCAUUCAGGCAAAGGUGGAGGUCGGCCGCGUGAAAUAUGAAGGACCAAAAUGUGGCCACAAAUGGGAACCGGGCGAACUGAAACAGCAGGGCUAUGAUUCUAUCCAGUUCGAUCCUGGAGAUGGCCAAGAGGUUGUGAUUUUUGAUCCAAACCAAGUUAAGAGCAUGAAAGAGAUCCCCUACAAUUCCGCCUGGAAACCUGAAUACAACGUGCGAUGAUGUAGCCAUGACGUCACCCUGACAAUCGGCAACUUGUCG